GAUAAGAGUCUCUAAAUGUUGCACAUAAAACGACACGGCUGCUGAGAUCCUGGUAGUCAGUCAUCAAUCAAAGGGCAGGAAGAGUUUACUCUAUCAUGGCAACACUGAAAAGCCUUACAAUUUGCAGAUAUAUGAGCCUGGCCUCGACGAUAACGAGGCCGACGGCGACGAGGAUCCCCGCGAGCAGCUCCUUGAGCAGGCAGACAUGGGUCAUGGCGAGGGGCGUGGCAGGGGGCGUGGCUGAGGGGAGGAGCGAGACGAUCAAAUGGCUCUGGGAAGCGGACGCGAGUGAGGUGAUGUUCGCCGUUGGACACACCCAUGGCUGCAGGUUUUCAUCAGUUCUUUAUACUCUGAACACACGGAAGCCUCUGCGCCCUGAGCAGGUAGAGAAGGCGCUGGACCAUCUGCGGAGACAGACUCAAGCUCUCCGAGGCGUCAUGAAAGUCAGAGAGGAAAAAUUCUGGAUCUGUGAAAGUGACCAAGAUCAAAUUAAUUUCAAGGUGUUGGAGGGAGGAGACGUCAUGCAGGAGGUGCGGCGCCUCACCAACACGCCCAUGGGCUACGGCCAGGCUCCUCUCUGGCUUACUAUUCUCAUGCCAGGUAACGGCGUUGACGCCAGGGCUGCCAGAAGGCCUCCCCACCUGAAGGAGGUUCGGGAGAAAUUCCCGCAUCAGAGCUACCUUGCCAUUACUGUCCAUCACUCCUUCGUUGGUGGUCCAACGAUGCCCUUGAUCACCCAGAGGCUUGUGGAGCUCCUCAAUGACGUCAUCGCAGGCCGCCCCAUCGACGACUCGCGGCAGAUCGGAGAGCUGGUGCCGUCGACGGAGAUCGACGCGGUGAAACGCAGGAUCCGGGAGGAGUUCGAGAGGGACCCGGCACGUCUGGAGGCCAUGAAGGAGGAGCUACUGGCCUGCGACUCCGAGCCGAUCCUACUGAAGGCGUUUCCGAGGCCUGAGGCCGUCCCCUCCUCCGGCCACGUCUUCAGGGACGUUAGGCCGACAAUCCUUCAGAAGUUCACUGCCAAGUGCAAGUCCGAGGGCGUGACGUUCAACAGCGGCCUGCAGGCGGCCAUCAACACGGCACUGGUGGAGAUCGUGACAGAGGCCGGCCUGCAGCAGGACGCCUUCAGCCUCAGCAUCAAUCUCGCCACCGACGUCCGUCGCUACAUGAGCAGGAACCCGCUGGAGGUGCUGGGCCUGCACGUGCGCCCUACUGUGCACCGCGUGGUCACACCCGCACGCGUGCGCGACCACUUCUGGCACUAUUGCAGGUCCUUGCACGGGUCCCUGACGGGCCUGAUCCGCUCCGGCCUGGCGCUGCAGCAGGAGGUAGUACGUGAGAUGACACAGCCGCCCGUUGACCCGCAUCGCUACUUUGCGACGCCCCCGCCAGUGCUUAGGGACUACGGACUCGCCAACGUCGGCGACAUGACCACGUUGAUCAGGGGAGAGGGCGAACACCUUCAGAUUACGGACAUCCUCAUGGCUUCAUCUGCUCACCGUUUCCUCUUCAUGAUGCUUCACCAGAUUUACACAUUUCGCGGUCAUUGUCCUUACUCUGUCAGCUAUGACACAUCCUACAUGACUCACGAUACAGCCACCUUGAUUGCAGACAAAGUAUUAGCAACAAUCGCGGACAUUUGCAAAUAACUUUGAUCUCUCUUUCUUUCUCCUUUCCCUUCAUUGACCUGUUGUUUGAGUCAACUUUUUUCUAUGACGAACGGUGGCAUCAUUAUAAACGACAACCGAGAUAUAUGUUUUCUAAGUUAAGGAUUUUGAAUUAACAACGACUUCAUCACGACCAUAUUCGAAAAAAAAUGGAGAAUGAAAAUACAAAACAACACCAUCUCUAAGGUUCAUGAGCACGACCAGAUAAAAAAUUAACAUUAUUUUUUGUAUAAAGAUGAGUGCGUUUUUUUUUUGUUUUUUUUUAGAUUGUUUACAGUAAGGUUUAAUAAUACUUUGCGUAUCUCAUAAAUGUAGGAGACAAUGCAUAGAGUACAUGUAAAGUUGUCUCUAUGUGAAUAUUUCAGGAGGAAUCUUACAUCAGAUUCUGAAAGGUGUCCAUGACUAAAAAGGUUCAAAAACACUGCUCUAUGGAAUCGGGCAAAGUGAUAUAUCAGACAGCCAUCCAGUGUAAUGACGUGUUCUACUGACGCGGUGCAGUGUGUAUCAAAUAUACUAAAUAGAAGA